AUGAAUGGAAUUGGAGAUGAACCUAAGGACUUCAUUAAAUUGAGUGAAGAGAAGCUGUCGGCAGAUGCCGUAUCAGCCCUGGUGAUUUCUCCCUGCUGUGGGGCUGUGUCCUUGUUCAUAGGCACUACCAGAAAUAAUUUCGAUGGGAGAAGAGUCAAGCAGUUAGAGUACGAAGCAUAUGCACCCAUGGUAGAAGUGGAAAUAAAGAAAAUAUGCACAAACAUAAGAUUAAAAUGGCCCUCAGUCAAACAUAUAGCAAUACAUCAUAGACUUGGUACGGUUCCCAUUAGCGAAGCGAGUGUGAUUGUGGCCAUCUCGUCUCCUCACAGAGCAGAAUCUCUUGACGCUGUGCAAUACUGCAUCAAUACUUUAAAAGCAACAGUACCUAUCUGGAAAAAAGAGGUCUAUGAAGAAGAAUAUUCCUGGAAAGAAAACAAGGAGUGCUUUUGGGCUAAGACAGUCAAAUAAAGAUCUUCCAGCAUGCUCAGUGGGACUGUUUAGUUUUGUUAAAAUAACAUGAAAGAUAAUUUUCUUUUCUUCUUUGUAAUCAGCUCCUGGCUUUUGUCAGAAAACGAGUCUGGUUUGAUUAGUAUUCUUCUGCAAAUUUUACAAACUGUACUGAAAUUGUUCAUUGCUUCAUUGAAUCUGCCGUAGUUUCAUGCAUGAAGAAUCCAGAAUUUUUAUGCAUCUCUUUCCUGUUUUUUUACAUUAAGAAUUUUCCCUUCUCACAGUGUUUGCAAUCUUGGGCUAUGUUAGCCUUUCCCACAAAACCAUUUUUUAAAAAAAUCCUCAUCCUCUUUACGAACACUACUGAUGCCAGGUGUGAACAUUCACACAUGCCUUUUUUGCCUCACUGUGGGAACAGCCCUGAGUUUUCUUAGGCUUGUACUCACAAGCCUAAGUAUACUAGCCUAAGUACUCACAAGCCUAGCUUGUAUACUAUGCAUACUGGGCAGUCAUGGGUACGACUUGCAGGAGUGCCCAUGAUUGCACUGGCACUUCAUUUUGGAUGAGAAUUGUUGCCAGCUAUGAGAUGUUCUGCUUCACACGCUAAAGUGCUAUAUUAAUGUAAUCGCAGGGGUAUGAUUGCAUAAGGAAAUACUCUGAAUAUAUUUUUUACAACAAAAGUGGGAAAAAUUGAUGCUUUGAUUCUGGGAUUCACAACAGAGUGGUGUGAAGGGGAAUGCUGACACUAUAAAAGAAGGCUUAGGAUAUGUUCUCUGGCCAUGCUUGAUAACAUUGAACAUAAUAAAACAGGAGUUCAGUGGCAACUUAAAGGCCAACAAAAUAUUUUCCUCAAUAAGCCACCAUCUGCUGGAACUUACAUCUGAUGAAGUGAGUUCUGACUUUUGAAAGUUUAUUUUGGAAUAAAUUUGAUGAGUCAUUAAAGUGCUGCAGGAUUCCUGUUUUAUUUUGCUCCCACAGACUAGCACAGCUACCCGGCUGGAUGGAGCAUGAGUGAACCGGGCACUGGUUAGAGCCGAGCUGUUGUCCUUUUCUAUCUAGUUCUUAUUCACUGCUGCCACCUCCUGCUUCAGCUUGGAAAAGUAAAAACUCUCAACACAGGUGUUUUGUUAACUUUUCUCGGCUAUUGCUGGAGGAACAGAGGUGGGAUGGGGUGGAUGAGGGAAUGCUUGUGAAUAUAGCACGAGGCCUCUUCGUAUGUUGUGUCUGUCUUCUCCCUUAGAACAUGGAGCUGCAGCAUCUCCAGCUUUCUGAGCUUCAGUCCUUCAUUUACAAUAUGCGAAUAAAAUACUGACACACCUUACAGGGAUAUUGUAAGGACUAUUGAGAUAUGAACAUAUGAAAGCAUCAUAGAAACGCUAAGCAUUUUGGUUAUUUUCAAAAGUACUAGUGGUGCUAACAGCUUCUUGAUCUGCUUCGCUGCAUUUCUUCUUUUUAAAAAAGAAGCACCUUUAAACUUUGUAUUCGAUAAUUUAAUGGUGCAAUAUUAAAAAUAAGUUGAUAAAUUGUUUAUAAUAUCAAGUACGCCUUAUGCUGGCAUAAAUUGGUGCUACACUGGUAUCCCGGGCUUGUGUGUACUGCGACCCCAUGAAGUUCUACUUCAUGGGGUUUUCAAGGCAGGAGGUGAGUAGCUGUGGUUUGCUAUUGCCUUCCUCUGCACAGCAACCCAGUCUUCCUUGGUGGUCUCUUAUUCACAUACUGUGACUGACCCUGCUUAGCUUCUGUGCUCAGAUGAGAUUGGGCUAGUCGGCUUUUAGGGCUGCUACACCCAGAGCUUAGGCUGCCCAUUAUCCUUGCCUUCCGCUUCAGAUAUGUAGUGCCAUACCAAGCAGAAUUACCACAUUCUGAUUCUGUUGACUUCAGUGGACUUAGAAGGGUGUAACUCUGCCUAAGAUUGCACUGUUCGUAUUUGCUACAAGCAGGUAGACGUUUGAUUGGACUACCUUAUUGCUAAACCUUUCGUUCUGUAUGAAUGGCAGUAUGCUAGUGUGCUUUUAGAAUAUUUUAAUGCUAAUAACAUGAAUGGGUUGCCCCAAUAGACUAUUUUGGCAUGGGGAUUGUAUAGCCAACAGUAGUUGAGGUUCUAUUGGCGAUUCCUCUAGCUAUAUAGACAAAAUUUACCCCUUAUCUUAAAACAACAGAAUAAGAUGCAUUUCCUGAGUCACUAAUAGAUGUUAGUAAUAACACUGACCCAGACUGGGGAAUUUGGCAUCCUGCUGCUGGAUCCAACUAGGUUUGGCUUUGAUAGGUUUUUAUUGGGUCCUAUCCCAGCUCUGUCACAGCAGCAACCACUGGAAUUACUUAGUGGUUGCCCCUGUCCAUGAUAAAGCAAUUUAUUUGCACUAUUCUGAUGAGGCAGAUAGAGGGCUGCUUUGCACAAUAAUGGAUGAGCUUUGGCAGGAGUGGGGGGAAGGAUCAGAGCCUGGAGGUUGGCAGAACCUUCAACUGAAUAGAAUUCAGUGGCUACAAGAAGGUGGUGGCGGGGUUUCCCAGCCUUGUGCCCUUUCCUUUGCCAUGCAUAAAUACCAUACAGCUGUGACCGUGCCAGCUCCUUUGCGUUCCUACAAGAACUGUAGAACAGCAAGGUCGGUUUGUUAAGCUGGCUUUCCAAAAGAAAAGGGGCAACUAAGAAGGAAACAUUGCCGAGUUGGAUGACUCUGUGCUGACUCUUCUUGCAGUCUUUGAAGACUUGGCUUUUAUUCAUGCAUUCAGGAUUUUAUUUUGGUUUUACAUGUAGGACUGUUGGGGCACACUAUUCAAGUGUACACACUUGCUGUUGA